AGGUCAGUCCUGGACGUUGUGUCGGUCACGGUUCGAGCUGAAUCUGUGUCAUUGGCUCAAACUUGACAUUUAGGGAGUCUCAGCAGGAGCAAUGUGACACCCCUGCCUCAGGCUCAGGGCUGCUUCUGUGGAUGUUGGCAGCUGAAGGAGGCUGUUCAGGAGGAAUCCCACAGGACCCGGAGAUUUCACUGUGAAGCACCAAGAGGUCAAUGACCUGCAGCACGGGAAAGACAUAUCGGAAGACCCCAGGAGUUCGACUGUAGAUUUGCUUGUGGAUUUCUGCCUUUGGUUUGCCACUGAGAAACUGGAGAAGAAUGACAGCACAUGCAUGGAUGAAGCCCUUCACAACAGCCUGAUCAGGACCAGCAGCUGUGGACCUGCACGCUACACCACCAGCCACGGAGCCUUUGGUGUCACCAUAUUGUUAAAACCAAAAGAUUGAUUCCCUUGCUCCUGCUGGUCAUUCUUGACUGGCUGUUGUUCUUGUGACCUUCAUCCAAAGAGCCUCACCACCAGGUCCGCACACAUGAUACUGAACACAGUGCUGGUGGUCCUCACGGACCUGGCCGCCAGGUGUCUGGGUAACACACUGUUCCGGCAGCACUUCCACCUUUUCCUGUCGUCUGUGGUGAUGUUCGGUCCGGCACUGAGCUUCUGGGUCUCUCAGCACAGCGUCUUCGCCAGGAGGAGCCACUUCCUGUACAGGAUGUUCCUGCGCUCUGGCUGGGGCUGGACCUUCAUCUUCGUCGGCUCCUUCGUCUUCCUCUUGUCUUUCUCCAUCCGCCGCUCCCUCACCCUCUCCAUCCGUCAUCUUUCCCGACUCUUGCUUGCUGGUGGACUCUGGCUGGGUUUCUGCAAACUUCUGGACGUCCUGGAAAAUGCCACCGGCAGCUGCUACGAGCCUCUGACCUCCGGCGCUGAGCUCACCAAUGGUCAGCCACUGCUGGUGCUGCGGGAAGGUGAGAGCAAACUGGAGUGUCUGAAAGCUGGGAUGGUGUGGAGAGGAUACGAGGUGUCGGAGGACGUCUUCCUGCUCUGCCUCUGCUGUCUGCUGCUGACAGAAGAGACCGCCGUCUUUGGCCCAUACCUCAGCCUGGGUGGACUCUCAGACGCCCCGCUGAGGAUCCUCUUCCUCUUCUGCGUUCUCCUGCUCAGCCUCUGGCUCUUCCUGCUGCUCUGUCUCCUCGCCUACUUCCCGCAGUUCCCCACGCAGCUGAUCGGGGGCGCUCUCGGCUGUUUAAGCUGGAGACUACUAUAUCAGGGCUGGUAUCGUUUGGGGCCAAGCUGGUUCUGUCCGGGGAGACCUGGACUGGGACUGCUGAACACCAAGGUGGAGGCAGAGGACGGACAACAGAACCACUCCAAGAUAAAGGAGGACACUUUGAUGCGUCCAAACUUUGACAGCCAUGUUAGAACAAAGUAACUGGAGUGAGCUCACGCUCACAAAAGCAGAACUACUAAGUUGACAGCAUGGACACUAGUUAUUCUUCAUGAUUUUCUGGUCAAAUUUAUGUGAACAUGUUUGUAUCUUUCUUGAAACUGACCCAGAAGAUCCAACGAAUCUCACAGCACUGUCUUAGUGAAGUUUGUGUGACGUCAUGAAAGUGUUCCAUGUCUGCGUUUGUACAGUCAUCUAGCCAGUGGAUUCACAGAAGACAGGUUCCAUCUUCAUAGAUAAGAAUGUCUCAGAGUGAGAUAUCACCUGGAUCAUACUUGUGUUUGAGACACAACA